AGCUUUUCCCUCGGUAUAUAAGAGUCUGAGAUUCAUAACCGGAUCAUCAGUUCACUACUACUCUGAGCACCAUGAAGUUUGCGAUUCUCCUUGCUCUCACUGUCGUGGCCGCCGCUGAUGUCCCCCAGAACGGCUACUCUCUCCCUGACCCCUCCACAAGGGGCGUACCUGAGGUAGCUGACGUCGUGCCCAUCCUGAGGGACGACCGAGUCCAAGAGGACGACGGCAGGUACAACUUCGACAUCGAGACUGGCGACGGCAUCACCGCCUCGGAGUCCGGCUCACCUGACGGCCCUGAGGGCGCCAUCGUUGCCUCCGGAAAGUACUCGUACACUGCACCCGACGGGAACCUGAUCGAGGUCACCUACGUCGCCAACGAGGACGGCUUCCAGCCCGAGGGUGACCACCUGCCAAUUGCUCCCGAAUUCCCUCAUGAGAUUCCCGAGUUCGUGCUCAGGCAGAUCGCAAAGGCAGCUGAGGAAGACGCUCUUGCCGCGGCGGAGACCAGGGACGCCGCGCCCUCCCAGCUCUACCAGAGGCCGCAGUAGACGUCUUCGAAAACGAGAGAAGAGAGUCAUGUACAGAACCGAUUCCUCCGAUAUGUAAAUAACUUAUUCGCGGAAUGAAUGGCGUGAGAUUGAAUAGCUUGUUUAUAAUAAUUUAUGCGCACUUUUA